UCUGCAUUGUUACUCCUCAGCAAUUUUUUUUUCUCCUCAUUUUUUGUUGCUUUGUAGACUGAACCCAAACCAUCACCCAAAAAUGGAGGUUUGAGCUGAAUCAUGGGGAAAGUGAGUCAUGGACUGUUGUUAGCCACUUUUCAAAGUAUUAGAAAGAGUGCGUGUUUGGGAAAAUGGCGUGCAUGGGCGGCCAUUCACCUUGAUGAAUAAGGGAAACGGUGCUCAGACGUGCCCCAGCAUGCAGCGCUGUGAGGCUCAUGCAGGGUGGUUUCUAAGGAAUCUGCAGAGGAAGUGGUCUUUCCAUGCCAACAUUAAUGCUAACCCUCAUCGUGACAUAAUUUCUGUUGGGAAAUGUACAGAUGCGUGUGGCCAGAAAAAUCAAUAAAUGCUCUUCACCACAGCAUCUUGGCAUUUCUCCUGCUGCAGUGAAAUGAUUUUAUAUAACCCUGCAAUAAUGAAAAGAUUUAAAAAUGCUGGACAGAAUGUAUUUUUCCCUCUCAGUUGGGUUUGAUUUUCCUAAAUGUUUGUUGACGCUGGUGGAUUUUGACUCAAAUCGACAACGGUUCAUGUUUGGAAAACUCUCACAAUCCACAUUUUUGUUGGCAAAAUUGUGCUUUUUGUGGUUGAUUUCUGUACUUUUUCAUAAAGUUCCAAAAGAAAAUAAUUGUAAAGAACUGAAAUCUCUCUAGACUAAUGAAUAAACAUGAUUUCUGCCUCCUCCCUCCCUAUAUCCCCCUCCCCGCUGGGGUGAGGAAGGAGAAAGCCUGCAGCUCAUGUCAUCCUUGUGCAAUCCUCAGGAAAGCGCAGAGAUGCUUGAACAUGCCGAGAACCGAAGACGCAGACCCGGCAUGUGGAUGUGGAUCACUCUCGUGCUUCUGGAAGUUUUCUGCUUCUCUACCACCUGGACGACCAACUGGUGUGAAAAUGUCCUUGCUGAAUGUCGAGGAAAUCCUGCAACUUGGACCAGGUGUUAUGAAGAGAGAAUUCUAACCUGCAAGCAGCGCGGUCGCAGUCCUAUGCCAGGUUUCCGUCGCAAGAGUGUUCCAACUUCACUAGAGGCUAAAGUAAAUGUGACGGAUAACGUGAGGGUUCAGAUCCCGCCCUCGGCCCUCCAGAAAAUCAGAGGAGCUGCAGCUUCAGAGGAGGUCACGGUGGUGGCCUCCUUGCUCAACAGCACUCUCUUUGAGACCCCCCCGGAGCAAAAAGCGAAGGAUGAGUCGCCCCAGCAGCCAGACAACAAACCCCCGUCUGUGUUAGGCUGGGCAGUGCUGUCAGUGAGGAGUGGAACCAAUCCAGUCAAAAAUCUCACUGAACCCAUUAAGUUAACCUUCAAUUUUGACGAAAAGGUCCAUCAUGGGAUGUGUGUGUUUUGGAAGGAGUCAGAAAGUCCCGGGGGAAAAGGUGAAUGGAGCACAGACGGCUGUCAGACCACUCGCAGCGGAGAUGAGUUCAUUUGCAGCUCCAGUCACAUGAGCUUCUUCGCCGUACUUGUGAACCAAGAAAUGUCGGUGGGUGCAGCUCACUCCAGGAAUCUCAGCUACAUCACCUAUGUGGGGUCAGCCCUCUCUGUCAUCUUUGCAUUCAUCAGUUUCUUUAUAUAUUCCCUUCUGCGUCGGCGGGGGCGUUCUGAAAAGGCCAUUGCAAUACACAUGCAUCUGACGGGGGCGCUGCUCUGCCUCCAUCUCAGCUUCCUGCUCUGCAGCUUGUGGUUUCAGAUGCUGGAGGAUCAGGAGGAUGGGUGGGUUUGCAAGGGUCUGGGUCUCAUCCUACACUGGUCUCUGCUCGCCACCUUAGCCUGGUUGGCUCUGGAGGGUUUCCACCUUUACCUCCUGCUGAUUCGAGUCUUCAACAUCUCUGUGGAAAGAUACAUCCUCAAGCUCAGCCUGCUGGGAUGGGGUUUUCCAACCCUGGCUGUACUGGCAUGUGGGAUUUCAGGCGUCUAUGGAAAAUAUAAUCUAGAACUGAUGGACGAAGAAAAGUCCAACUCAACAGCCCCAAUAUGCUGGAUGAGCAGCGAGUUCCAACACAGGCAGGUGGUCGGCUACAUCACGGUGGGCUUUCUUUGCCUGGUGGUGCUGUACAACACCUGCAUGCUGGCGCUGGUGGUCUUCAAGAUCUAUCUGAGCAGAGGUGACGGUUUGGGCUUUAAAAGCAGCAGCCAAUGGAGGAAGGAGAAAAAUGAGAACGGGCUGGACUUGUGGAAAAAGUGCGUGGCAGUGCUGAUCCUCAGCUGUGUGCUGGGCUUACCCUGGGGGCUCGCCAGCACCACCUACAUCUCUCUAAGUGGAGUUUAUGUCUUCACAAUACUCAACUCCUUGCAGGGCUUGUUUAUGUUCCUGUGGUCUGUUUCGUUGCUCUGCAAGUCUCAAUCUCACAAGAGCCCAGCAAGCAAAGACCUGUCCACGCAGAAAAUGAUAACUGUCAGCUCAAGUAACUGAUGCUCAUUAAAAAAAGGAAAUUAUCAUUUAAUGUUUGAUAUAUCCUGAUGCAGAGUAUGCAGUUAAGCAUGACUUGUGUCUUCUUAAUUAUGACCAAAUUGUUUUCGAAGUUGGAAAGGUUUCCACCUUUUCUCCGCCCCCGCCACACGCUCAAAAAGUCACCAAAAUUUGUACACACCUAGGACCCGGCGCAAGUGAAUUUUCGACAUAGCACACGACACCCCCUCUCCAGACGAUGACAUCACAAUGAGCAAUAUUAUAAGAAAAUGAAUGGGCCAAAAAUAGCUUAUGGAGCCAAAAGUAAAAUGUAAAUGACAGUUACGUUUUUCCAAAAUAUGGGAAAAUGAGCUUUUAUUCAAGCGAUUCUCACUAAAUUUCACACACAUGCCGCUUGCUUAAGUUUACAUUGACCCCAGGAGUUUUGUUGACCUUUGACCUCAGGAAGAGGCAGCCAUCUUAAAGUUUUUCUUCAGCACCUUUAGUACCAGAUACUAACGAAAACUCGCUCUGGAGAUUUUCAUUGAUCAUUUUCUAACUUCUCAGCCAUCAUUAGGAUGCAGUUCUGGAAAAAAUGUAAUUCGAAACUGGAUUUCAAACGGCUUGUGCAUGGCAAACUCCAAAAGUGGCGUUCUCCUAUUACUUGCACCUUUUUUAAUGGAAUUCUGUGAAAAUUGAAUGCAUGCAUCCAUGGCUAGAACUGACCUGAUUGAUAUAACAUUGUAUACGAACAUAUAAGGAAUAUGGGUGGGGUUGGCAAAAAAACUCUGUUGCCAAGGAAAUCCAAAAGUUUGCUUUUUCCGAUUCGUCUGAAACAGAGGUCGAUCUGUUCGAAAUCCCUUGGAGACCAAAACACAAAAUUGUUGUGUUGCUAUGGAGAUAAAACCAACAGAAAAGCCACCGUUUUGAAAAAAGUGGAUUUUACAUUAACUUAUCACAUGUACCUGCAAUGUUUUUCUGUCAGUUGAUUAUGCCAAUCUGAAUGCUAGCACUUUUAGCCACAUUAGCAUAACUAGAAGAGUUAGCAUUAUAAGUACUUUAAGCAAUUGUGUUUUUCUGAGUCAGUUGAUGAUGCUGAUGGCAAUGCUAGCACUUUUAGCAGCUUAGACAGCCAUUUUAAAUAUAACUACCGUUUUUAGCCAAAGUUUUAGUCCUCAUGUUCUCAGGCACGCCUUUCCACAAGUGAGGGUCUUGGUACUGGAAUGAGGUCUUGCUGUGGGGAACCUGGGGACCUCCUGCACCUGAGGAUCAAAUGGCUUUGGAAGGUUCAUAAACUAAAUCAGUUCUGAUUUAAAAAAAAAAAAAAAAGGUCCAGGUCUAUCAAGACUUCCAUAAACGAAUAAAAGGAUCUUAUUAUCGACCCUAAAGGUGACUGGGAGCCAGUGCAGAGAUUUCCACAUUGGUGUCAUGUGCUCCUUUCUGGUUCUGGAUAGAAGACGGUUUUGAACAAACGUCCCACUUUAUGGGCACAGAGUUACCGGAACAUGGAAGGUCCACUAUGGUGUUACCUUAAAAUCCAAAGCAGUAGUUCAAGGCAUUUAACUGUUCUCAGUUUUUUUUAAGCGAGCUAAAAAUGAUUUUUUUUAUAUUAAAAACAAACGUCCAACUCUGAAUUCCAAUGGAAUCAUGGUUUUUACAAAGGUACUUUGCAAUUCUACAAUGAAGUCCACAAAAUCGGUUGAAUUUUGCAAAGAAUCUGUAAAAAAAAAGGUUCAAAUCCAUAAAUCAAAAACAAGCAAAUUACAGAUUCACACCUUUAAAAUGUCAAAACUUUUCUGUCUCUAGAAAUCUUUGCAUCAUGCGUGAAUGCACGUUUUCUCUGUGAGUGAACACACACACACACACAAACACACACACAGAUCCACAAACUCAAGUUAUUGUAGUGAUUUGACAUUCGGGGGAGGAAUCUGGUUCAAAAACGUUCAAACGGGUCAGUAAAGGAGCAGAAGCUCGAAGGCUUCAGGACGAUGAGGACGUUUCUGCAGAGGAAACAGAACAGUCAAAAGACGGGGUGGAAAUUAUUUGUAACAGUAUUGCUGAUGAUCACACACAGCCCUGUAAAACCGGUCCAAACCUGCAGAUGCAUCAUGUAAAAAAUAAACACACCUAUAAAAGAAGGAAUAAAUAUUAUUUCACCAUGACGACAAACAUGUGAAGUUCAAUUUUUACUUGGUGUUCUGUCUUAAACUGUGACUUUACCCAGUUUUAGACACUGUAAUAUUCACAUUUAUGUGUCUGUUCAUUCUGUUGUCCUGUUAUGGAAGUAAAAUAUUUUUUAAAUGUAAUUUGGUGUUGUGUUAUAUGCUUUGUAUGAGCUACAAUUACAUUAAAAUUAACAAUUAAAAAAAA